AUGAAUUCCAGGCUCACUAAGGAGCAGCAGAAAGAGAUCUGCUCUGAACUGGGAAAUGUCAAACUAAGUUUGCUGUACAAAGCCACCUCCCAUGGUUUCAAAGGAGAAGAUUUCCAUCAACACUGUGACAACAAGUCACCCACUGUGUCUGUGGGCUACAACAGCUCUGGAUAUGUGUUUGGAGGCUACACGAGUCAACCGUUCAGUCAGUCUGGAGACUGGGUGAAAGAUGACCAGGCCUUUCUUUUCUGCUUUAGUGAAGAGAAACUCAACAAAUAUCCAGUCAACAAUCCUCCACAUGCGAUGAAAAUGACCAAGAAUAGUGGUCCAAACUUUGGGAACGCAUUUGUUCUUGUCCAUGAAAGCAAACAAACAGUGUAUAGCAAUAUUAGAAGUUUCAGUAUUCCUUUCUUCCCAAGAAAUUACAUCUUCAGUCCUCAAGAGUUGCAUGGCAAAAACCAAAACCUGACUGAAUGUGAAGUUUACCAGGUGAAAGAAAUCAUUAAUUUCGAAAACCCAUGGAGGUCAACAAUCUGGACACCUGAGAAAAGGAACGAGCUGAUGGAGAGCAUCAAAUCCUACAAACCAUUGAACACCUCUGUGCCCCAGGCUCAGGUUUUACUUGUUGGAGGAGUUCGAGCUGGAAAGUCCAGUUUCUUCAACUCCAUCAACUCUGUGUUUAGGGGUCAUGUCACCAGCCAGGCCAUAUCUGGAACCUCUUCCACCAGUCUGACAACACUUUUUCGUAGCCGUUCUGUGAAGGCUGGACGUGAAGGCGAACCUUUGCCAAUCCUCAUAUGUGAUACCAUGGGACUGGAGAAAGUCCAGGAGUCAGGAUGUCAUAUAGAUGACAUCAUCAGCAUUGUCAACGGUCACAUACCAGAUCGUUAUCAGUUCAACCCCUCUGAUCCUCUGCAACCAGAGGCUCACGGUUUCUGUGAGAAUCCAGAACUCAAAGACAAGAUCCACUGUGUGGCUUAUGUCAUAGAUGCCAGCAAGAUCUCCAUCAUGCCCCACGAGAUGGAGGAUAAACUGAAAGCUAUACGCAAAAAGGUCAACUCAUCAGGGAUCCCUCAGCUGGUGUUGCUCACUCAAGUAGAUGAGGCCUGCCCUUUGGUGAAAAAAGACAUCAGAAAUGUCUACAAGAGCAAGUACAUCAAGGAUUUAAUGGAAGAGGCCUCCACUCGUGUUGGUGUACCUUUGUCUUGUAUUGUUCCAGUGAAGAACUACAGCGAGGAGCUGGAACUGGACACAAACACCGACAUCCUGCUGCUCACUGCAGCCGUUCAGAUCCUCCGCUUUGUUGAUAACUACAUUGAUGAAAUCAGUGAUCAGCUGAGAAGUCUCUCAACCUAAAAAUAAAGCAUCACGAACAUCACUCCUUGUAGUAAACAAACCUCAAAACCUGCAAGACAAUUCAUCAAUAUGUAUGCUUUCAGGAUGUAAAUUGCUUGUCGGACCACAAAAGCUUACAUUUUGGAUACGGAAAUUACAAACAACUAUGUUGCUUCAAGUUUGUUGUAAUGUCAAAAUAUCUAAAAAGCUUA